AUGGCACCACUAAACAAGUCCAUCAAUACCUAUCACUGUAUCCAGGGCCUAUACUGGAGGAAUGCCUCUGGCGAGCUCUUAGCAGUCGAAGGCAGUAACUCCAAAUCACUACCGGAAAUCUGGACACAAUUGAAGGACAUUGUUUGCUCCACCGAGAGGCAAUGGGCUUCGCUCCAACUUCCCUCUGGCAAGUCCAUCAAGACUAUCCAGAUCACAGCCGAUAUCCCGGCUCUUCUUAACAUUCGUUCGAACUACCCUCCUUCAUAUCAGCAAGAAGAACUACAUACCCAGGUAUCCGAGAUCGAGCACGAAAAUGGUCUCUUCUUGGGUAUGCUGACAUCAAGACCAAAGUCUGUCAAGGCCGACGGCUUUGGGGUAUGGGCGGAGCGCUUCAUUCUCUUAGAAACCGAAUUCCAGCCGUUUGCUCACAUCUCAACAUCGACGACACCGUGGGCAGCAAGGCACCGGGAAACAUGUGCGACAAUAGCCGAUAUUUUUGAACGUAGGCUCAAGAACGUGUCUAGGGACGACCAAUGGCAUGUCUGCGGAAAAGAAGCUUUCUUGAACCGCGUCUACGGCUAUGUUGACAAGAACCUUCCAAUCCAGCUUGCCUUACCUGCCUUCCCUUGCAAAUCGCCCAACCCAAACAAGGUUGGUGGUAUCAUGCCGGAUCUAGCUGAGCAUAUCGCGAUGGAUGUGCUACAUGACUUUGUCAAGGAGGUCAACACGGUUUACGAGCCUGGUGCGACUAUGUGGGUUAUCAACGAUGGACAUGUCUUCUCCGACUGUAUCGGUGUUGACGAUGAGAUGAUCGAUACAUACGACGCCUGCAUGGCCGCGAUAUAUAAGGAGCGAUAUCCGGAAGAUGUCAGCCCUGUCCCCACCAUCAAGUUUAAGGGCCUGAAGAACAUUUUCUCUGCCGACUCUGACGGUUUCCAAGGUCUCCAGAAGUUGCUUUUGAACUCUCAUCAGAUGCCGCACCCUGUCAAGACUAAGCUCACCGGGGACGCAGAGCUGUGCCGUAAGCUGAUGUUGGGAAUUGGAGGACCUGACCGCGCAUAUAUCCGUCAGUUGAUCGAACAGCAGGAGCCAGACGCUCUUGGUCUCUACCGUGGUCAAACUCGCUUUAUGCUUGAGGACCUUGCGGACAUUCCUUCAGUCAAGUCUCUGAGCGGUAAGCAGAAGAAGAAGACAGCUGCUCUUGUUGCCGAAGAAAUGAUGUCUCGUAACCAAGCCUACUCAAACUUGACUGAGCUUCUGCUUCCCAACUACGUUCGUCUGUCGAUCCACGCACACAACAAUGCAGGCCCGAAGUUCGCCAUCCGUCUCUUACCAGCAAGCAUGGUCCGCGCGAUCGACUCUCUUGAGACGCGUCUCGAGCCAAAUCCAGUCUACGAAUACCAGCUUCCGACACCCUGGCACAACUGCAUGAUCAAGGUGGAGGGCGACGAAUUCAUGUAUCUGGCCAAGGCCCAGGUGGCCAGAAAAGCACUGCAAAGUCCAGAUUUCGAUGGCUCUUGGGUUGACGGUCCCGACGGAUCUUACUUCAGCUUGAAGCGCAAAUCAGCCACAACAACUGCUGUUGCUAUGCCGCCCAAGCUAAUCAUCCCCGGACCUACCCCCACAGAGAAGAUCAGCGUCUUCAAUCAAAACAAGAAGAGCACAAUCGUGCUCGUCACUCCGAUCACCGAGAAGAAGCACCCCAUUAUCAUCUGUUCGCCUGUCGUCGGCAAAAACAACCCAAUUGUGGUCACCUCGCCCACUGCCGACGGACAGAGACCCAUUGUUGUCUGCUCGCCUGUCGGUCGCAAGCAGGCCAUGUUCUCGCCAAUCUCCGACAAGAUGCGUUCUCCUGUGGGUUCCCCUAUUGUGCGUAGGAAAACGUCCGUCAUCGCCUGCGAUCCCAGCGCAGAGAAAGGCGCUACCGUCAUCGUCUCACCCAUCAAUCCGAGUCCCCUCAGACGCCAGGAUACGCAUUUCGUUCAGUCAAAAGAGAAGAACAGGUUGCGCAAGCUCAUCCCAGUUAUUUCCAUGCUUCGUUCGAUUCGGUCGCAGUCGUAG